AGUUAUGAGUUUGAUUGCACAAGGUUGUUCGGGGAUGGUCGUGUGAUAAUUUAUGUUUGAACCAAACGGAUGACACGCAAAGGAAAUCUCGCAUUGCGUAAAACACUUAACAAGACUAAUUUGGCAGGACGCUAAAGCACUAGCAUAGUAGCAUCAUUAGUUUUCAAACCUAUAGCAGUUUCAAAGCAUGGCUGCUGUGAAUGAGUCACAUGGAGUGGUUGGGGGUCAUCCGGAAUGGGAGCUGGAAAAAACCAUCGAUAGUAAUGAGUUCUCUGAGUGGCUGACUGAGAAUAUGGGAAUUGGACUCGGUUGUUCUGCCUUGUAUGUUGCCGCUGUGUUUGCUGGGAAGAAGUACAUGGAAAAAAACCAAGUUAUAAUCUACGCAAGCCAAUGAUGAUUUGGUCUUUGAUGUUGUCGGUCUUCAGUAUUUUUGGGUCAAUACGAUCAGCUAUAGUGAUGUACCAUAUUGUAAUUGAGGAGGGGGGUCGUGCAUUGGUAUGCAGCAAUCGUUUCUACUUGGGCCCCAUCACAAGGUUCUGGGGUCCAGUAUUCGUGUUCAGUAAAAUUCUUGAAUACAUGGAUACAAUGUUUAUUAUCCUGCGGAAGCAAAAGUUGAUAUUCCUUCACUGGUAUCACCAUCUUACUGUCUCUCUCUUUUCUUGGUGGUCGUUUGGUGCCCAAUUUGCCGGUGGCGGAGUUUUCAUGACUGUCAAUUUUGUGGUCCAUGCCAUGAUGUACACUUACUAUGCUGUUCGAGCUGCUGGCAUUAGAGUUCCACGCCCCAUUGCUGUGAUCAUCACUGCUUCUCAGAUCAUACAAAUGUUCAUUGGUUGUGGUACUGUGUAUUUGAUCUAUAAUUGGAGGUUGGCUGGAGAUUGUAAGACGUCACUGGAACACGUGUUCUACGGCAGCGUGAUGUACGGGUCGUAUCUUGUAUUAUUCGUGCAUUUCUUUUACACUACCUAUCUAACCAAACCCAAGGCAAAACUGCCCUCGUCAGCUCCACCAACCGCAACAAUUGACCCGGAACCGACCCCAGCAACAUCCCCCACUCGCCCUACGGAGAACCUCAGAGAACGGAAAACAAGAAAGCAAUCGUCAAAUUAAGCUUUCAGUUGUACGUACCGUACAUUCAUUCAUGAGUCAGUUGCUUAUUUAAGGCAUAUUCAAGCUUUAUUGCCGUAUAUUAUGAUGGAAUAAUAAUGCAAAGUACCACAGUUGCUAUCUUGUUGUUUAUAUAGGAACACAUUAACCCUAUUAUGUUUGUUUUAUUUCUUCGUUUCUAAUUAAAGUUAUUUCGGUGACUUCUAGGCAUAAACAAAGAGAUUCCUAUUUAUUUAGUCUUUUUUACAUGAAGCUUUAAUAGAAGUUGUUUUUUUACACUUCACCCCGAUCGCUAACAUGGUCAAAGCAUAUUCACUGUGCUAUGCAUUCCAAAGUUCACAGCGAUUGAACCACGCGUUGCUUUAGUUACCUAAACUUUAACACGAAAAUCAACUAACUUAUUAAAAUUUUCUUAUUUAUUAAAACAACGGAUCUUAAAAGUAAUCAACUUUCCUUUUAAUCGAUUGUACAUUACAUGGUUAUCAAAUGUUCCUUUGAAAAUUUCGCGCACUAUUUUAAUUUUGCACGAAGCAGAUUUUUGUAAUUCUUUCGCUUAAUCGUGAUUUCCAUUUCCGCCCUUUAUUAUCAAUUUCGUAAUCCUUUUGCCGCUUUGUAACUAUACAAUAUAGUUGGUUCUUUUUAAAAUACAGUCUGCUUAUCAAGUACAAAUCCUUCUUAUACUUUUGUUUUUCUUGUACAUUCUCAAAUACUUUCAACGGCAUAGUUUCGCCUUUUGUGCGUCAUAUACUUAUUUUUCAUGGAAUAAAUUCGAUCGAUUUGUUGGCAAAGCAAUAAAUUUCCGAUGCUCUC